GGCCGUUGAGAAUGUGGAGCGCGCGGGGGGACGAGGGAGCGGCCCCUCCCUCCGGCGGGCGCGCGGCGGUAACAGCAGCAGCGGCGAGGAGGGGAGGGAGGGCGGCGGCGGCGGAGGAGGAGGCGGCGCCUGUCUCGGCGCUGGAGGUUGUGUCCUUCCUGGGCAAGCUCCUGUGCGCAGUCGCGGCGCUGAAGGCGGCUCUCUACCUGCUCCGCAGAAUCUGCCUCGCCAUGGCCUGGAAGUCAGGAGGCGCCAGCCACUCCGAGCUCAUCCACAACCUCCGCAAAAAUGGAAUAAUAAAAUCCGACAAAGUAUUCGAAGUGAUGCUUGCAACAGACCGUUGCCAUUAUGCAAAAUGUAACCCGUAUAUGGAUUCUCCUCAAUCAAUAGGAUUUCAAGCAACAAUCAGUGCUCCACACAUGCAUGCAUAUGCUUUAGAACUCCUAUAUGAACAGUUACAUGAAGGCGCCAAAGCUCUUGAUGUAGGAUCUGGAAGUGGUAUUCUUACUGCAUGCUUUGCACGGAUGGUUGGUCCCAAAGGAAAAGUUGUAGGAAUUGAUCAUAUCAAAGAACUAGUAGAUGAUUCAAUAAAUAAUGUUAGAAAGGAUGAUCCUCUGUUGCUAUCUUCAGGUAGAGUGAAACUGAUUGUGGGAGAUGGAAGGCUGGGCUGUCCAGAUGAAGCACCAUAUGAUGCUAUCCAUGUAGGAGCUGCUGCACCAGUUGUGCCACAAGCACUUAUAGAUCAGUUAAAGCCUGGUGGAAGGUUAAUAUUACCUGUUGGCCCUGCUGGAGGAAACCAGAUGCUGGAACAGUAUGAUAAGCUAGAAGAUGGCAGUGUCAAAAUGAAGCCUCUGAUGGGAGUGAUAUAUGUGCCUUUAACAGAUAAGGAAAAGCAGUGGUCCAGCAGGCUUAAAUUGCAACAGACCUAGUUCACAUACCUAAAUUGUCCAAAGAGAUCAAGAAUGGAGGAUGAAAUGUAAAAGCUAUGUCAUCUUAUCCAAACAUCGUGUUAACAGUGGACUGCUCAUCUCCAGUUCUUAAAAGCUUUUUCAACACCAACAGCAUUGCAGCUUGUUUUGGACUCUGUUACACUGUUAUCAGCAUGGAAACGUGUGGUGUUUUUAUUUUGUAGAGAUUUAAUGCAAGUUAAUGAACUGAUGGAAAUUUAAAUUUGGGCAGGCAUUUCUUUUCAACAUGCCCUUAUUUCAGCCAUUUAAGAAAAUGAAGUAUGUCUGCAGAAGUGCAGAUAAACCUGCAAUCUGUUUGCUCUUAUUUUGGACUUGGAAACUUUUAUGAACACAUAUUUCUGUUCCAGUGUUCAUUCAUCAAACUGCUUACCUGCACUUUCUGACACUACAUGCACACUAUAAGAUUCUUUGUGUUCAGCUGUCUUCUAGAUGCUACUAAAUGAGAUGAAGUUCUUCAAAGCUGUCAGCGUGGUAUCAUAGACAAGCAUGUAGUUACAAUCAGCUGCUUUCCUCCCUUUACAAAUAAAAAAAUGUAUAUACACUUCAA